AUGUCCUUCCUGUCGGCCCUCCUCUCGGGGAGCCAGAACCAGAUAUCGACUCGACAAGCGCUGUUGGUCGUUGGCCUGCAAAACGAUUUCACAUCCCCCGAUGGCAAACUGCCUGUCAACACGGCUACAGGAUAUCUCGAGAGGAUCAAAGAGCUCGUCCCUGCCUUUCGCGAAUAUGGAGAGAUCUUCUGGAUCACAACCGAGUAUCGUGGCAAGCGCGCCGUCAACCACCCCUCAGGUUCUGGCUGUAUGGUGAUCGCAGAUGAUGGUUUUGUGCUACCAAUGGUCAGCAGCGACGAUGAGAUGAACGACUACCCUUCCCGUCCAUCGGCAAGAUCGAAUCGUCGUAUCAACCAGCUUGUCCAACGAACCAUGAACAGAGCAGCAGAACUCGAAGCAGACUCUGCAUCCUCCUCGACUGUCGACCAAGAUCUCUUCCUCUCGCAGGACAACCCAGAAGACAACUGCUGUCUGCCAGGAAGUUGGGGCGCUGAACUAUCAUCAGAAGUCAAUGACUUGGUGUCGCCUAGAGACGUCAAAGUCGUCAAGUCGUACUACUCGGCCUUCACAUCCUCGUCUCUACUACUCAUGCUGCGCGCAAAGCUCAUCACCGAAGUCUACGUUGUUGGAUGUACCACAAAUCUUUCCGUGUACGCUACGGCUCUGGAUGCUGCGCAGCACGGUCUGUCGAUCAAUCUCGUCGAAGACUGCCUCAACUACAGACUCAAAGACAGACACGACCGGGCUGUGCAGAAACUUGUGGAGAUCAUGGGAGCAUCCGUAACAACCUCGGCGUCUGUCUUGUCCAGACUCAGAGGUGAGACACAUACAGAUGAGUCUGGCAACGAGAAUGGAACAGGGCAAUCUGAUGUUGACAUGGAAGACCAGCCAGGAACCGUACGUGAACCCUCCUUAUCCAGCGGCCUUGAGCGCUAUCUCGAGAGCCUGAACUUGCGCGAUAACCAAUCCCGUGUAACAGACGGCGCAAAACACACUUCCCUUGAGCAUGCAGAACCUACAGGCUCUCAACUUCCAGACACGGCAAAUUAUCGACGCCAGCCAAACACAAGGCUUGCUGGAGCCCGACAACACCAUGAUGACACACAGAACGGAAGGAGCCAGCCAAAGUCGCGCAUGAUACAGGAUGAACAUGCUGACACGAUACCGUAUGGAACAUCUCGAGGCGCUUCUGAAGAUGUAUUGUCGAACGAUCGAGGAUAUUUGCACAAGGGCUUGAGUUCGCUAAAGUCUCAUGUGGUGCAUGACUCACACUCAAAGGCACCCUCGAACGAUCCGAUGGAGGCAGAACUCACUCCUGGACACAUUGAUACAUGCAAAAGAACUACAAUGGACACUGCCCCCGCACCACCGAGGCGUGUGUCGCGCAAGUUGCAAAUGAGACAGAAGAGCACCACUCUACUUGGUGCUGACGACAAGAUCGGAAGCGGCGAUUCGAAGAUACUCUACAACCUGCUCGAGCCCGAAGCUACCAAGGUAGCGUUUCAGGACUUAUUCACCGAGGUCCACUGGCAGCGUAUGUACCAUGCCGCUGGCGAGGUGCCACGACUAGUAUGCUGCCAAGGCGACAUCGAUGAUACGGAUGGUAGCAUGCCUGUAUACCGACAUCCCUCAGAUCAAUCGCUUCCUCUCUUCCGCUGGAGUCCGACCGUCAGCAAGAUCAGAGAGAGAGCUGAAGAAAGAGUUGGACACAAGUUGAAUCAUGCUUUGAUACAGCUGUACAGAAGCGGGCAAGACCACAUCUCUGAGCACUCGGACAAGACACUGGACAUCCUGCAUGGCAGCAAGAUCGCCAAUGUCUCGCUCGGUGCUCAACGCGCUAUGAGGCUCCGCACGAAGCGUCCCACAACCUUGCAGGAUUCAGGAACGAUUUCCGACAAACAGCGAGCUGGCCAUGCAGCUCUCACAGCCGAUGUGCAGAUGAAACAGGAAGACGACCGCUCUCGCGUCACACAACGCAUCCCUAUGCCCCACAACAGCAUGUUCGUCAUGGGUCUGGAGACAAAUGGGUCUUGGCUGCAUGGAAUUAUGCCGGACAAGCGUCCAGCUGCAGAGCACAUCGCUGCCGAGUCCGCCUAUGGCAACAUGCGCAUCUCGAUUACUUUUCGGCUUAUCGGCACCUUUCUAUCGGCCGACUCGAAACUUAUCUGGGGCCAGGGCGCUGUUGCGAAAGAAAAGUCACAAGCGAGACCAACCAUCAAUGGACACCCUGAAGAGAGUCAGAAACUUAUCAACGCGUUCGGGAUCGAGAAUCAAGUUACAGCUCCUGAAUGGAACUGCGUGUAUGGAUCAGGAUUUGAUGUGCUGCACCUCAAGUCCGAGCUGCCCGAACACGAAAAGCCCAUGCUGUUUCUGUCUGGCGACGAAACCACAGAUGCUGCUGUUACAGCUCAUCUCUCAGAACUCAAUAUUGAUGUCGAGACGAUCACAUCUCCCGCGAAGCAGUUGACCGAUGGCCUUACGGAUGCAAAUGGGGAUCUUCUGGCCGUGACAGCAGCGCACCAACGUACCAUCUGCUUUAGGCAAGCAGGAGGUAUGCACAUUGAGGUGCAAGGCAAGAAUGCCAUCUUUAAGUUCUUAGAGGAAACUUAUGGAAAGAACACAAGAUCACUUGUCUAA